UUUCCAGACAUCUGCUGAAAUUGCAUCGAUCGCAACAAUAAUAAAUAUAAAGAAGCAAAAUAUCAAAGGAAAACCACAAUUGACAACAAGAGCAAUAUAUCAAAAAACAAGAAAAAAAAAAUAGAAGUACAUCUAGUGAAAAUCUCUGCACAAUAUAACAGAAAAUAUAAAAUUAUAGCAAAACGUACAACAACAAUCUUUUAAAUACAAUAUUGUAAAAACUAGAAAAAACUAAAAAAAAAUAUUUUUAACAAUUUUUCAAGAUCUUCCAAUAUAAGCGUUUAUAUACAAUAAAACACACAAAUAAAACAAAACUAAAACCAAACCAGACGAUUCAAAUCACUUGAAACCAUUAACCAUAAAACCCCUUCAAAUCAUUGGAUUACAUGUCUUUAUAUAGUUUUGAUUUUUUGCAAUUUAAGAACCUUUAAAGUUCCAAUAAACUAAAUAUAUAGAUAUACAGAUACAACACAGAGUAUAACAUUUAAUAUUAAUAAUAAAAACAAAAAAUACUAUGUAUAAUAAGACAAAGCAGAAGGCUAAUAAUAAAGAUUCUAUUUAAUUUUUAUAAAGAUAAAAAGUAUACAUAAAAUUCAAUCUGUAACUGAACUCAUUCAGGUAAAACUUUAAUUAUUAUAAAAUACAUACAAUAUUAUACAAUAUACUUACAUAUACAAUAUAGAAGAGAAGAGAAAGCGCAAAACAAAAAUUAUUUAGUUACAAAACAUACACAAAAAUAUUUAUAACACAAUUAUUGUGGUUUUGAAAAACUCAACUUUAAAUAAACACACGCUUAUAUACUUAAUUCUAACCAUAUAAUAAAUAUAGGGUACAAUAAUUAUAUUAUACUGCCAAUAUUAAAAUAUUGCAAAUUAAGAACCAUAAUAAAUAAGUACACAGCGAGGAAAAGACAUUGUCAUAUAUAAGAGAUAACAGAGUGCGGUUUUUAAUACUAUUAAGUUCAAUUUCAAUAAUAAAUUAUUUAUAUAUAUAAGAAAUAUAAUAUUUUACAUACAUACAUACAUAAAUCACAUACAGUAUAUCGAACGCAUCAAUCACAUAGCUAUGACAUUAAAACGAUAGUUAUGAUUUUAAAAAUUAACCAACAAAAUCAAAAGACUAUUAAAAAUAACAUUUGAAUUAUUUUGUAAUUUAAGAUUACAAAUAAAAUAGGAGAAUAAUUUACAAAAAAACAACACCUAUAUACUUAAUUAAUUAUAUAACACCUUUAUUUUGCAACGAAUUAUUAAAUUAUAAGAAGAACAAGAAGAAGAAUAAAAUAUCAAAAUGGGAGAAGGAUACAUAAAUGAAGGUGGUCAACUGAAAACCAAAAAUGGACAAAAAUAUAUUGUUAACGAAAGACGUGAGGGUAUUUUUGUAUCAAAAUCAUGUGCCAUAUUAAGUGCUAUAAUUGCUGUGUCGGCAAUUAUUAUUGCAGUUUUAAUAACAUACUUUUUAACAAGUAACUUUCCCGAACAACGUUCAAAUUGCCCUCAAUUAAAUGGUAAUGCUCCAGCCACUGCCGGUAUAUAUAGUAAUAAAAAUUCUUAUGCUACAAAUAGUAAGGCUGAUUUAAAUGAUGAAGCAAUUACAAAUGGUAAUACUAUUACAAAUGGUGUUAGCAUAUCAAAUCGAAAUUUUAUAGAUGAUGAUGAUUUAGAUCCAAAUAUAAUGAUAAGUGAUGAAGGUAUUAAAAAACCAGCUAAAGAAAUUCAUUUACAUAAAGGAUGGAUACCUGAAAUGUAUACUUUGGUAAUUCAACCAAAUUUAGAAAAAUCAACAACAAAUGGUACCGUUUCAAUUGACAUUGUUCGAGAUCUAAAAGUAAAGGGCUUAUAUCCAAUAUUAUUAGAUAUAAAAAAUAUAACAAUAAUUGAUAUAAGAGUUGUACGUACCGAUAAAGAUGAAGCUGUUGAAUUUGAAAAAGGUUAUGGUAGAGAUAUGGAAACAUAUUAUGUUAAAAUAUUGAAUGGUAUACAGGAUCAUGAAAGAGUUACAUUAAGUUUACAUAUUGAAUUUAUAAGUAAAAUAACAGAUACACUACAAGGAAUUUAUAAGACAAGUUAUACAAAUGCAUUAAAUGGAAACAAAGAAUCGAUGAUCAGUACUCAAUUUUCACCGAUUGAUGCGAGACGUGCCUUUCCAUGUAUCGAUAGACCAGAUAAAAAGGCAAAUUUCUCAAUAAGUAUCGUUCAUGAUCAAUCAAAAUCAAUGAUACUAUCAAAUACAGAUAUGUACUUUGAGAGCGAAUAUGCACCCGGUUUAAUUAAAAAAGAAUUUUAUACAACACCAAAGAUGCCAACAUAUUUAGUUGCAUUUAUCAUAUCAAAUUUAUCAAAUAUGAAUUUAACUACAUUAACAAAUGACAUAAAUUUAAAACCAACUGUACAAAUUUGGGCUAGACAAGAAGCAUCAAAAAUGACAAGAUUUGCAUAUAAAUUAACCCGUAGAGUUUUGCCAUUUUUUGAAAAUUAUUUUGAAAUACCUUAUGCACUACCAAAACUUGAUUUAGUUUCAAUACCAGAUUUUGGUUUUGGAGCUAUGGAAAAUUGGGGUUUAAUAACAUUUAGAGAUUCAUCAUUAUUAGUUCCGGAUGAUGAAGAACGUACGUCAUCUGCAUCGCAUACAGAAAGUGUUGCAUUAACAAUUGCACAUGAAUUGGCACAUCAAUGGUUUGGUAAUUUAGUAACACAAAAAUGGUGGAAUGAUCUUUGGUUAAAAGAAGGUUUUGCAACUUAUUUGAGCUAUUUAGCAAUUGAUAAGCUUUAUCCAGAAUGGCAAAUUAUGGAAACCGUACCAAUAUAUGAUUUUCGUGCUGCAAUGGCUGAAGAUUCUGAUUUAAGCUCCCAUGAGAUACGUUUUCCAGUAACAAAUCACGAUGAUAUACGACGAAUUUUCGAUAGUAUUACAUAUUCGAAAGGAAGUCUAUUAGUACGAAUGGUUAAUUCAAUUAUAGGUGAUGAAGCUUUUCGUUUAGCUUUACAUGAAUUUCUUACGAAAUUUCAAUAUGAAAAUGCUGAUAGCGAUGAUUUAUGGGAUAUAAUGACAAAAUACGGUCAUGAAUUGGAUACAUUACAUAAAGAUCGUAAUAUUAAAGAGAUUAUGGAUUCAUGGAUAUCUCAACCAGGUUAUCCAAUUAUUAAUGUGACACGAAUGAAUGAAAGUUUAAUUGUAGAACAGAGACGAUACAUUUUACCAAAUGGUGACAAAUCAGAUGAAAGUAAAUGGUUUGUACCAAUACAAUUAGCCACAGAUGAUCAUAAUUAUGAAUCAGAAUUUAAAACAUAUUGGCUAACAAAUACCGAUGAUCAUAUUAUAAUACCAGAUGUAUUUCCAACAUUAAAUACAAGUAAUAAAUAUGUUUACUUGAAUAUACAUCGAGCUGGAUAUUAUCGUGUCAAUUAUGAUUAUUUAUCAUGGAUCGCAUUAAAAACUCGAUUCCUUGAUUUACCUAGCAUUGUAAGGGCAACACUUUUAGAUGAUUCAUUACAUUUGGCAAAAGCUGAAUACUUAUCAUAUGAUAUACCAUUAACAUUUUUAAUGGAAUUACCAAAUUUAAAAGAAGAUGAAUUAUUUUGGGCUGCUGCCGAAGAAGGUUUAACAUUUUUAACAUAUCAAAUGCAAAGAGAACCAGCUUUCGAAUUAUUUAGGGCAUUUAUGAAAUAUCUCGUUAGAGAAGCCUUCGAAUUUUAUGGUUUUAAUGAUCCAGCAGCCGAAACACAUUUGCAAAGAAAUCAUAGAGCGCGUAUUGUUCGUUUAUCAUGUAGGUUUAAUUAUGAUCGUUGUACAAACGCUGCUCAAUUAAUUUAUAGAAAAUGGAUGUCAAAACCAAAAGAAUUUAUGAUUUCACCCAAUCUAAAAGAAACUGUAUACUGUAUGGCUUUACAAGAAGGAUCUCAUGCUGAAUGGUAUUUUGCUUAUAAACAGUAUAAUGCAACAACUAGUUCAACAGAACGGGAACAGUUAUUAUCGGCAAUGGGUUGUACAAUUAAACCAUGGCUUUUGGCAAAAUACUUAAAUAUGACACUUAAUCCAGAAUCCGGUAUUCGUAAACAAGAUGGUGCUAGAGCAUUCUCAGCUGUUGCUAAAAAUUCAAUUGGAUACGAGAUCGCUUUCGAUUUCUUAGUUACAAAUAUUGAAAAAAUAAGAGAUUAUUAUGGAGAUGGCUUUGCAACACUAAAUCAAAUGGUUGAUGCCAUUACAACAUACAUGAAUAAAGAUUAUCAAUUAGAGCAAUUAAUGAGAUUUGGUGAAAAAGCUAAAAAAUUGGGUUUAACAUCAAUCGAAAAAACGAUACAUUUGGCAAAAGAGAAAGUUAAAAAUAAUAUUUAUUGGCGAUCAAAUUGUUAUCAUUCAUUAAAGACAUUCUUAUUUUCAAUUGUUGAAUAUAUGCACAUUAAUUUGUAUUAAUUUAUUUAAUAAUUACACACACACACACACAUACAAAAGAAAAUCCUAGUUAGAAUGAAUGUUUUUUUUUCGUAAUUAAAAAAAAAAAUAUUUUUUUUUUCUUUAUUUUUUCCAAAACGUGAUAUGAUUUUUUAAAAAUACAUUGUGUAUAUUUUACAUAAUAAAUAAUUAAAACAAAUUAUUGAAUGAUAAAUAAUUUAAAUUAUGUAUAAAUAAAAAUAAGUUGAAAAAAAAAAAUAAUUUUUAUCGCAUAGCUAUAUUAAGAAAAUUUUAUUCAAUUUAUGUACUAAAUAAAAUACAUACAUAUUAUAUACAUAAAUAUUGUACAUUAAUUAUGUAUAAUUGUAAUUAAAAAUCGCCUUCUGUAAGAUUUGCCGUAAGUUUUUUUUUUGUCUUUAAUUAUUAAGUAAGUAAAACCCAAAAAAAAACACAAGAAAAAAAUUAAAAUUAAAAUAAUUAAUUAAUAAAUUUAUGUGUUUCAUAAUUAAUUAUACGUAUAUAUAUACUAAGUUCUUUAUAUAAUAUACCAGUUAGUUAUAAUUAAAUUAAGAAAUAA